AUGGACCUCGAAACGAGGGUCAAAGCCUACCGCUUCGUCGCCUAUUCGGCUGUCACGUUUUCUGUCGUCGCUGUUCUAUCAGUAUGUGUCACUUUACCUAUGGUAUAUAACUAUGUCCAUCAUGUGAAACGAACUAUGCACAAUGAAAUCAAUUUUUGUAAGGGCUCAGCGAAAGAUAUCUGGACAGAAGUGCACAAUUUAAAGAGCUUACCUGUAGCUAACAAUCGUACGGCACGUCAGGCCGGAUACGGAGACGCCGCAGUAACCGGUGGGGCUCAACAAGGAGGUUCAUGUGAAGCGUGCUGCCUUCCAGGCCCACCUGGACCGGCGGGUACCCCUGGCAAGCCGGGUCGACCCGGCAAACCUGGUGCUCCAGGUCUACCCGGAAAUCCUGGGCGACCUCCUCAGCAACCAUGCGAACCCAUCACUCCACCUCCAUGUAAGCCUUGUCCACAAGGACCACCAGGACCGCCUGGUCCUCCAGGAUUACCAGGAGAUGCUGGACCACCAGGGCAACCUGGACUUCCUGGACAAGACGCGCCGCCUGGAGAACCUGGACCCAAGGGUCCACCCGGACCCGCUGGAAACCCUGGACCACCUGGAGCACCUGGAGAGCCCGGAAUACCUGCACAAUCAGAGCCGCUUGUUCCCGGAGAGCCUGGACCACCAGGAGAGCCAGGACCACAAGGUCCUCCUGGUCCUCCCGGUCAACCUGGAAGUGAUGGGGCACCUGGUCAGCCGGGACCAAAAGGUCCCAGCGGUCCUGAUGGUCAGCCAGGAGCAGAUGGGAACCCAGGAGCACCAGGACCCGCCGGCCCUCCAGGACAACCGGGCGAACGCGGUAUCUGUCCCAAGUACUGUGCAAUCGACGGAGGAGUCUUCUUCGAAGAUGGAACGCGACGCUGA